AGGCUCUAGCCCUAUGAAUGUGGCCUACAGUUGUAAUACCAACACGCUCAGGAUAUAACAACUACAACACUGCAAAGAAAUUUGAUAUCCAUUAUGAAGUCGCAACAAAGUCUGUGAUGGAUUAUACAACUGCAGUUGAAGAAGCUAACAAUUAGGAGAGACUCAGAUCUAUUACAUGCCCCAUAAUUCGCAACAUCCAAACUCGGCCUGGUCCGGGCACUUCUUGGCGUCUAUUCACAUCAUUCCAGAAACCGUUGCAACAUGAGCUGCACUGGUAAGGUUGCCUUGGUUACUGGAGCCGCUCAGGGACUCGGGAAAGCUUUCUGCGAAAUUUUGCUCAAAAAUGGCGCCAAGGUUGGUUUGACAGAUGUCAACGCAGAGCUUGGCUCCAGAACUGCAGCAGAGUUUGAAUCGAAAUACGGGAAAAAUCGUGUUGUCUUUCAAAAGUGUGACGUCACCAGCACUUCCGAUUUCACUGAUGCCUUUCAGAAGAUCAAGUCGACGCUUGGUGGCCUAGACAUUGUGGUGAAUAAUGCCGGUGUUGGAUUUGAAAUGGGAAAUAAAUGGGAGCUGACUGUCGAUAUUAAUGUGAAAGGGACAAUCAAAGGGACAAUGUUAGCCAUGGACAACAUGAGGAAAGAUAAAGGAGGCCAAGGAGGGGUCAUUGUCAAUGUAGCAAGCAUGGCCGGUAUAAACCCUAAUCCAUGUGGGCCAGUUUACGGAGCUACCAAAAGUGCAAUCAUCACGUUCUCUCAGUGCUGGGCGAAAAACCCAGAACUUUUACAAAAUGGAGUCCGCAUCAAUGUGUUGGCUCCUGCAUUCGCUGAGACAGAGAUGAUGAAAGGUUUAUCCGACAAAAGUUCCAUCCAUGCUCCAGUCAUAGUGGAAAUGAUCAAACAGAAAGUUGGCAUUAUGACACCUGAGUUUGUAGCAGAAGCGUUCUAUGAGCUAGUCGAAGACCAAACAAAAACAGGCGCCAUCUUGAAGGUUGCCCAGACAACAGGAAAACAGUAUCAUACCAUGUAGUCAUAAUGAAAGGUCAGAGCAGAUGACUUCCGUCAGUCCAAGGGGCAACAGUCAAAGCGUACACUCCAGAUAUAGAUUACAGCCCUUGUUUAUAACUCGGGUGAAAGGGAGAUAUAGUUAAAUGGAAAUGAUAUUCUUUAAAAAUAAAUAUUUAUAAAAAAAAAACACUUUACGACAUUACUUCUGGACAAACUGUUUUUGGACAUUAAUAAUACAAAGUUGCUACCAUUAUGCAUAACAUAAUAAUUUGUGAUACUUAGUCAUAUAAAAAUAUGGUAUUGAUGGACAAAAAUGUUAAUACACUAGUAUGUUUCAAAUGAUUUGAAGUAAUUAUUUUUAAUGAUGUCAAUGUGUAUAUUUUGCUACGUAACCACAGUAACCUUUACAGUAUUUUUAUCUUAUUAAACUGUCGUUAUAUUUAUAAA